AUGAUAGUAAUUUCGGCGAGUAGUGCUACUACUGGGAGGAGUGUGGCCGCGAAAGUGGUUGACGAGUGUGAUUCGGUGAAAGGAUGUGAUUCAGAGCAUGCGGGUCUCCCUCCGUGUGGGAACACCGUUAUUGAUGGCUCUGCAGGUGUGUGGAACGCUUUGGGGCUAAACAAAGAUCUAGGGGUUGUUGACGGUUACAAUCUCCGUAUUAAUUCCUCUGAUUUGAUCUCCGAAGUGUUUAAAGAAAAUUUGUGUUUGAUACAAGGGUCGUAUAAACUUGAUCUUGAUCAACCGGGUAGCACAAGGCUUGUUUGGUGUUUGGAUUUUUCUAGUGUGGAGGAACCGGCACGUAUUUGUUGUGUUUUGUGGCUCUUCCAAAGUAAGGUGAAGAAUGCAGAGAGUUUUAUGUUUCUUAUGAGUGCUUGGUUUGUCUAA